GUGUUUUGCAUUGCAGAGGAUGAUGGGACAGCAGAGACAUUGCAACUAGACGUGGCUCAAUUUCUGCACGACCUCCGCAUGCAGGCGGAUGUGGUGGUGGUGACGAUGAGGGCAUGGGAGGACGUGGUGGGGGAUGAGGAUGGACCCGAGGCUGAGCUGGCGAGGCAGGGUGCCAUGGAGGCGUUUACUCGG